CAUAACAAACAAUUACACAGAUAAAUCACAUAGAUCAACCACGUUAACAAUUAUGAACGAAACUUCAAACAUACGUGCAUAUUCUAGUGUUAGAUGUCCACGUACUCACCUCGUUGGUUCGAUUCAAUUCCAAGGAACUUCACCCGGAGCCGGUCACCCAAAUUGAUUGUCGAAACUGCCUGUUCUGGCCGGAUUGACUUGCUGCCUGAUCAUCGUCGGAACCAAGGGGGUCACCAAAUCGUCGUUGGUCUAACGCUGCGCUUUGCCGUAAAAGAGGGUCGCCAGCCACUGAUCCACCGUAGUCGGAACAGAGGUCGCUGGACAGGGGUUUUCCGGCGGAAUUCGUCACCCACGCCACCUGCCGCCUCCGCACAACCGCCGGAAAUCGAGAGGGAGCCACCAGGGAACCGGGUCGGGUCUGCUCACCGCCGAAUCCCUGGGCCGCUGUCGUCGCGUGUCAUCGCCGCCGGGGUUCUGAUUUGCCUUCGAUCGUCAUGCGCCUGUGUCGCAGGUGGGAAUCGCCGUCGCCGUCGUGGUGCUGCUCGGUCAGAUCGAAGAGGGAGACGGGACUGGUCGCGGCGGUUUCAAUCGAAGAAAGAAGAAGAAACCAGAGAGGAAAUGAAUCACCGAAUCGUCAUUGGUCUAACGUUGCGCUUUGCCGGAAAAGAGGGUCGCACGCCGCAGAUCCGCCGUCGCCGGAACAGAGGUUGCUGGGCAGGGGUUCGCCGGCGGAAUUCGUCACCCACGCCACCUGCCGCCUCCGCACAACCGCCGGAAAUCGAGAGGGAGCCACCAGGGAACCGGGUCGGGUCUGCUCACCGCCGAAUCCCUGGGCUGCUGUCGUCGCGUGUCGUCGCCGCCGGGGUUCUGGUUUGCCGCCGAUCGUCGUGCGCCUGUGUCGCAGGUGGGAAUCGCCGUCGCUAUCGUGGUGCUGCUCGGUCAGAUCGAAGAGGGAGACGGGGGAAAAUUUAUGGAAAAGGGCAGAAAAAGGUUGGAAUUUAUGAGAAUUCCCUCCUAGAUCUAACAGAGAUACGCGUAAGGGAAGCCAAAAUAAAGAGGAAAGGAGAGAUGUGGUUCAUUUUCAAAGGAGUUCCUGUCAGGUACUCCUUGAGGGAGUUUUCACUCAUUAGCGGCCUCAACUGCUCUCAUCUUAACGCCGGCUUUGAAAAUUCUAAGGAAUUAACCUCUGGAAAGAAUGAUUUCAUUCGAGCUCACUUUCCUUCUGCAAAGAACGGAAAGAAAUCUGCUGCAGUCACAUACAAGAUGGUUGUGCAGCGUUUCUUGGAAAUUUGUAAAGGAUUGGACAGGGAAAAAAAGAAAGAAGGCCAGGAGAUGGAUGCUGUGAAAAUGGCAGCACUUUUGUUUGUUGUUGUUGUUCUCUUGGGUCCUGCUGAUCGAGACAAGUCUGCAAUUCCAGAUUGGAUUAUGGGCAUGAUUGCACAGUGGACAUCAGUUCUAGGUUUCCCAUGGGGAACCUGGGCAUUUAUGGAGUCCUUGGGGUCACUGAGGAAAGACCUAGCUGCUAAGGCCAAAUCAAUUGGAAGAGGGGCCUCAUCAACCAUGUACUAUACUGGUUUCUUGCUUCCCAUUGGGAUCCUUUUUCUGGAGAGUUGCUUGGGGACUGGAGCAAAUAUUACAACAAGAAGCCCACUGACAUCCCCAGCUAGGCCAAGAAUCUGCCUUUGGGGUGAGAUUCCAAUAAAGAAGAAAAUCACCCACACAGAAAUGGAUGCUUACGUUGGGGACGUGCAGAGUGUAGAGGGGAAGUCCACAUUCCGGUGGAGAGGAAGAGAAAAGCCCGGAAUGUCCCUUCACCAACAAGAGAUAAUUCUGAAGAGCGUAAUGAGCACAUCUCCUCUCCCCAAGAAUCUCAGAGGAGUCAGAGCCUUAGGGAAUCUCCUUCNAAGCCCACAGACAUCCCCAGCUAGGCCAAGAAUCUGCCUUUGGGGUGAGAUUCCAAUAAAGAAGAAAAUCACCCACACAGAAAUGGAUGCUUACGUUGGGGACGUGCAGACUCUAAAGAGCAUUCUUGUUCCCGAUAAGUUUGAGGCAACUGCAGAGUGGUAUUUGAACUUCCAUCCUCUAGAGACCACAAAACACCCCGAGUUGGAUGCAUUUGUGGCAAAAUUAGAGUGUAGAGGGGAAGUCCACAUUCCGGUGGAGAGGAAGAGAAAACCCCGGAAUGUCCCUUCACCAACAAGAGACAAUUCUGAAGAGCGUAAUGAGCACAUCUCCUCUCCCCAAGAAUCUCAGAGGAGUCAGAGCCUUAGGGAAUCUCCUUCUAGAGUCUCCCAUUCCAACAUCCCAAAUCCAUCGUCUCCUACCCCUCACCCCGCCAAGCCUUCAUCCAAUUCCUUUCAAGAACUCUUUGAUCGAAUGUCAAUGAAAAUUGAUAACAUUGCACAAGAACAAAGAAAGAGGUUUGAAGUGCUUGAAAAAAAAGUUGAUUCUUUGUCAACUUUAAUAAAUCAAAAGAUUGUGAAUAAGGUGCCAGAGACGACAAUCAUGGGUGAUUGUGAGGAGAUUGAGGCACGCAAUCCUUCCCCUGACCAUAAGGUUUCUCUAAGACUUGGUAUUCUCCAAAAUGUUGGGGAAAUAAAACAAGCGCACGAGAAUCAACCUUCAACUCUUUCUGAUUCUGUUCUUAGUUUGGAGAACAGAAAGGCUGAGUCUACCCACGAGACAAUGGGAACAGAAGAUGCUACCUCAAUGAAGCCUCUGCAGGAAAUGGUUGAGCCUAGCCAUGAGGUAAUGGAAACAUACGUUGUUGCUUCUAUGAAACCUCUGCAGGCUGAGUCUACCCACGAGACAAUGGGAACAGAAGAUGCUGCCUCAAUGAAGCCUCUGCAGGAAAUGGUUGAGCCUAGCCAUGAGGUAAUGGAAACAGACGCUGCUGCUUCUAUGAAACCUCUGCAGGACAAGGUUGUUUCUCCCCCGAAGGAAUUGGGAGACGAGGCUGAAAUUACUGAUGCCAUUGUGUAUGGAAAGAGAGAGAAAAAGAAGUCAGCCAGUUUGAAGUCUCCUUAUACAGCAGACGGGAGGAAGAAAAAGAAAGCUGAUGAGCUCUUAUCUAAGCCGCCAACUAAAGUAGAUCUUUUGGAAUUUAAGAACUUCAUCGUAAAAGCAAUUAAAGAGGACCGCCCUGUACAAUGCUACCUCGCGCAGUACAAGGAGAUUCAGGGAUUUGUGAAAACAUGGUGGACUGACCUUAUCACUCCAGGUCUUUGGGUAGCGGAUACUGUCAUUCCUUCUUGCUAUCAUUCACGGGAGGAGAGAUUGGAUAUAUAUACUCGGAUUGGGUGCUAUCCAGUCCGAUUUGUUCUUGGAGAUGACGGCAAGCAUCGAUUCGCUGCCGAGAAUGGAUGGAGAUACUUUCUUUAUGACCGCCAAUGCGAAAAUCUUUGGCAUAUUCUGUUCAAAAAAUUAUCAGAGACAGCAUACACAACCAUUGUGAUUUCGACCCUUGGUUCAGAAGUUGACUACCCAAUAAGAAUUCCUGAUUAUGAUUCUGAUGCAGAUGAUGUUACAGAUGAUGAUGAUGAUGUCUUUGUUUGCAAGUUGGAAGAAUCACAUUUUCUGGAGUCAUCCCAGAAGCUGCCCUUAAGUGAAGAAUUUUACGAAGCAAAUGGAUUUGUAGAGGGAAAAACAGAUGUCACUCUCAUAGGACCCAACAUGCAGCCCGUGGUCUGCACACUCAACGUUGAUUGUAUUGGUGAUGGGUUCUUGAAGAGAAUGUGGCGUUACUUUGUUGAUUCGAAUGGUUUGCGUGUUGGGGACAAGCUUGUGAUGAGGCCGGUGGGGAACAACACCUUUAUGGUGGGAGUUCACCGUCAUCACAGACGGUAAACAAAAAUUUAAUUGAAUUUUUUUUAAUGAACAUUAUCAUUAUCU